UCUGUCAUUCUUCAGAAAUGCAGCUAAAUACUGUAAAGUGUGAUGCAUUUAAGGAACAAAAAAUAAAUAAGAGCAGCACGGUGGUUAGCACUGUUGCCAUCUUUUAACCUUUUAAAGUUGGGUUUUAUUGUUCAUCAAUAACACAGAUUCACCUCAGCAAGUAACACAGACUCUUUGCCUUAACAAAACUUCCUUCCUGUAUUUUCCAAUGGGUGAAGAUAACAUCUAAUAGAUGUCAAACUCAUUUUAUAUCAAGGGGCACAUACAGCACACUUUAAUCCUAAGUGGGUGACCGGUGGAACUCCCCUUUCUGUCAGUAUAAAGAGGUUUAAUUACACAUUUAAUCCCUGAAUGUAAUAAAAAGACGACAGUAUGUCUCAGUCAUUCCACAUGACAAAGAAAUGCUGGUGCAGUAAAUGAAAGACACGUGUCGGCAUCACCGUUUGAGCUGAAACUGCAAGAAAUAAAUACAGAAAAACUGGAAAACUCAUUAAAAUACAUUUGAAUGUCUGAAAUUUUAAGCCCUCUUUUUUGCACCCAUCCAGUGGAUGUGUGUUUCUAAGUUACUGGCCACAAACAAAGCUUGCACCUCUGUCAUCUUAUAAUCAUUACAGUACCCACUAUCCCCCUCUUUUCUAUCUUACUGGUGGAGGAAACCUGGCAAGGUGCAUUUACACAGAUUUUAAGCAAGUCUAGAAAAUGCACAAGGGCUCUACAGCUUGUCAACCUUGCAAAGGUCCCAGAAGAUUAAGUCAUCGUGUUCUGAUUUAAAGUUCUGAAAGGUUUUCGGUGUUUAUGUGCUGCUCUCUGUCCUUGCAAGCCAUCACAUUUAAAACCGGAAUAUCUGUGAAGGGGCAAAGUGCUCCGCUUUUACGCUAUCCACUCGUUAACUUGCAGGAUCAAAGGUCUUUUAUAAGUUAUCACUGGAAUUUGCUCAGUGCGCUCAGUCAGAGGCAGGCACACGGUGUGAAAACACUGACCACUCCAGCACUACUCCUCCACUUUCAACUUCAAGGUCUGCUGCCAGACAUGGACAACAUCUACGAAACACUAGAUCACGAAGAUGUGCCCGCAGGACGCGAUCGCGCCGAGCCCAAAUAUGAGAACUCGGGUGAGGCGAGGGAGCAGCUGUACAGCGAGGUGCUGGUCCACAGGCCGUCUCAGGAGGAAGACCGCAGCUCCCCGGAUUACAUGGAGAUCAGGGAAGGGGGCAAACACAGCGACUCCUCUUCUUCAUCCAGCGACGACGAGGACGCUAAAGCGAGAAAGGAAAAAGUGGAGCCCCAGCCUGCGGUGGAAGUGGAGGCACAGGUGCAGGAGGUGAGCGGCGAGGCGCACAACGGAUCCAGGCGCUCAUCCUCCUCCUCAGAUUCAUCCGCCUCACCCGGAGAUCCUUGCGACGACCCGCCGUUUCAGAGGAAGAUCCAGGAAGAGGAUAACGCCGAGGAUGGGAUGAUGAUGGCCUACAGCCGCCCUAAAACUGACCCCGAGCCGCAGGAGUCUGUCGACUACACCCUUAAAACUCGGGAAAGUGUCUCUUUGGAUGAAAGCAGCUCUGCGCCAGCUGAUCCCAACCAGCCUAACAUCGCCCUGUACAUUAAGGCGGGCAGCGAUGGAGAAAGCAUCGGCAACUGUCCCUUCUCUCAGCGCCUCUUCAUGAUCCUCUGGCUCAAAGGAGUCAUGUUCAACGUCACGACCGUCGACCUCAAGAGGAAGCCGGCAGAUCUGCACAACCUGGCUCCAGGGACGCACCCUCCUUUCCUGACCUUCGAAGGAGAGGUCAAGACAGACGUCAACAAGAUUGAAGAGUUUCUUGAGGAGACACUCUGUCCUCCAAAGUAUCCCAGACUGGCUGCCAAGCACAGAGAGUCCAAUACAGCUGGAAACGACAUCUUUGCCAAGUUCUCAGCCUACAUCAAGAACACCAAACCAGAAGCCAACGCUGCUCUAGAGAAGGGUUUAACCAAAGCCCUGAAGAAGCUGGAUGACUACCUUAACAACCCAUUGCCAGAUGAGAUCGAUGCAAACAGCAUGGAGGAGGAGAAGGGCUCCAACCGAUGCUUCCUGGAUGGGAACGAGUUCACUCUGGCAGACUGCAACCUCCUGCCCAAACUCUACAUAGUGAAGGUUGUUGCUAAGAAAUACCGCAACUACGACAUCCCAGCUGAAAUGUCGGGGGUGUGGCGCUACCUGAACAACGCCUCCACGCGUGACGAGUUCACCAACACCUGUGCUGCUGACACUGAGAUCGAGACCGCCUACAAAGACGUGGCGAGGAGACUGGCCAAGUAGCCUGACCUGAGCGCAAGGAAAAAUAAACCGGCAACACACAUCAUAAAGAAAACAUCCCCCAUGAACGUAACACGCGACUGUCCUUUGUGAGAUCCUCGUCUGUCAUAAUAAACAAGUCCGAUGUCUUUGUUUCAGCUCCAGAUGUGGAUGGACUUUAGCUACUCGGUGCACAGUGUGUAUGGUAUCUCAAUCACCUCGGCAGAGACACGGCAAAGCAGAAGUGGAGCAGAAGAUAAAUCAAACACAUUUAACGUGAUUCGCAUUUCAAAGCCAGGUUCCAACGUUGCUGCUGUGAGACUUCUGACAUAACUCUUUUCGCUCAAAUGUGAUUGUGUCUGUCUGUAUUUAUUCCUCAUAACACAAAGCUCCCUUUCAUACCUACUCUACCGCACGGCCAAACAUUUUACUAGCUGCUGAUGUCGAGGUCGUUCACUUUAUUUAUUCCCGAGCCCACAUAAGUCUAGUCUGACUCCAGUGUUUAUUAUCGGGCUCUGGCUCCUGGGGAGACACCUUGAUUCAUCUAUGAUUGAUGAUUGAUGCUAAUUGUUUGCUGAAUAUGACUGUUCCACUCUGCAGUUUCAUUUUCAGUUCAUUACUGUGGGUGUUGCUGUAGUUUCUUUUUCUUUUCUAAUGCUUCUGAAAAUUUGAUGUAAAGGCAAAAAAUAUAUAUAUUAUUCAAAUAUAUGCUCGACAAAAAGAACAAAUGUACCUAAUAAGGGCAUUAAAAGUUUAGAACGAGGCUUGUUUCUGAACUGCUUGCAUGCGUGAAUGUCUUUCAAACCAAUUCGGAGCCUUCGGAAAUAUGAAAACUCCACAGAUACGUGGCUUUAUUUGGAAGUAUGAGAAAUCCAUGCCAAUGUCACUGAUGGAUUCAUUCUGAAAAAUGUAUUGCAGCCAGAGCUGGGACGUUUGUUUUGCCUCAAGCUAUUAGUGUUCAGUCUCGAGUAUUGAUUUUGUCUUAAGUUACGCAUGAUAUUAUAAAUGGAGAGAGUAUUUAUUUAGCAGCCCCAAUCAGGCCUGAUUAGCCAGAGCCAUUAGUGCUGCGAUGAAAAGCGUCUUCCAGGCCAGGUCCGCGAUGGUCAGGAGCCCUGCCCUCCAGCCCUUCAUCAGAAAGACAUUUCCUCCUCUCUGAGGACUUCAUCAACAUCCGCAGCCUAAAAGUUAAAGUUCAAAAGUUUCAUUGUCUAGCAGAGAACAGAGAAAUUUGUCUCGGGGCUUAUCGUCUUUGGCUUGCUGUCGGGCUUGCAACUAUAGCGCGACUUCCUUGAAGAACCAUAAGGCUCUUGUGUGGUUUGGACAAACACAUGAUAUGAAACUGGAGCAUGAUGACUGAAAGGCUUUCUCAUUGCAAAGCUCUACAAAUAAAAUAAUAUUUUCACA